AUGGUCGAUGGGAUCGGGCGCGUCCGUUCACCUGCAUCCACGAGGCAGCGAGACAGGACGAACCGGUGGUAGGAAUGCAGGAGACACGGAGGGCAGGUCGAACGGAAUUUGCAGCAACGGGUUUCCGGGUGUUCUGCUGUGGCAUGGAGACUGGUGGAGUCCAUGGUGUGGGGAUAGCCGACAAAGAGUCACUGUGCAAGACAUCCCACGUUCACUACGGAGUAUAUCGACGAACGCCUUAUGGCCAUGAGGUUUCUGUUGGCAGGCCACCGUGGAGCGGUCAACUUUGUAGCCGCGUCUGCUCCAACCGAACCUUCAACCGCCGACAGCAAGCACAUGUUCUGGGGAAACUUGACAGUCUCGUGCGGAGGAUCCUUUCCACAGAAUGUGCGUAUGUCCUAAUGGACGCCAACGCGCGGACGGGAGAUAGGUUGGACGGAGGAGACGGAAGGGUAAUAGGAAUGUACGGGCGUGACGAGCUCAACGAAAAUGGCAUGCUAUUUUUAGAUUUCGCAACGGAAAACAGGCUAGCUAUCACGAACACGUUCUUCGAGACACGCAAGGGCGGAAUAUGGCACACAUACAACGGUGUGUCGGGAAACGAUUGCAAACACCUUUACUACAUCCUGACAAGGCAGGCACAGUACGGCCGAAUAUCUAACGUGGUUGUCAUCCCCCAGCCGAUUCGCACAGCCGAAGCAGACUUAGACCACAAUAUGGUAGUAGCCACCGUCAACCUCGGUGGCAGGCUUGCCCACAACCGUGCAGUCCGGACAAAACCGAAAUAGAAGCAACUCAACAGACGGGAAGCGCAGUUCGAAGUAGCACGGUGUGCGGUGACUAAUUGGUUCCUCCUCAACCUCGACACACGGCUGGACGAGCGAACAACAACCGCCGCGGAUUUGGCGACCGAAUUUACCAAUGCUCUCCUCGAAGUAGCGCAGACGACCCUUGGGGAGGAACCGCGGAGACGCCGCACGCAGGAGUGGUGUGAGACCCCAGAGACGAGAGAAGCGCUGGAGCAGGCCCUUACCAAACGGCGGGAAGCGCGCCGGGCGAUGAGGGGCAACUGGAACUCAGCAGCGUGGAGGGUUCUCAAAGCCGCGUGUAAGGGAGUGGCUACAGCAGUCGAAACGGGCAUUUAUGCCCACCUGGACGGAUAUGUGACUGAACUCGAAGCAAUCUACAAAGAUCGCGACAUGCGAGGACUGUACCAACACCUCAGGAAAUCAGUGGGCCUCAGCGGGAGGCAAGCGGGGGGACAGCAGUUCGUCGCAGGUGAGAACGGUGUUGCUCCGGAACAGGGACAACAUCCUCCAGCGGUGGGCGAGAUUCUUCAGCACCCUACUCAACACCAAAUCCCCCACCCUGAACCCAGACAUCAUCGAACGAGUGACGCAGCGGCCAGCGACACGUGACACUCAACGGUUGGGAGAUGUGCCAGAACUCGAGGAGGUGGCACGGGCAACGAAAGGCCUCAAGAACUGGAAGGCACCCGGCCAUGACUCCCUCCCUGCCGAGUUGCUCAAGAUCGAUGACGACGAACCCUUCGUCCUGGGACACCUCCAUACCAUCCUCGUCAAGGUGUGGAACGGAGGAGACAUCCCGCGAGACUUCAAGGAUGCAACCACCAAAGGUGCUGUGCAAGGACGGUGACCGGUCCAACAAUAACAACUACAUACAGGGGGAUUUCGCUACUAUCUCACGUAGGCAAGGUCCCCAUCAAGAUCAUCACCAACCGUCUAAGCGCCUUCUGCGAAGCCAACAACAUCCUCCCGGAGGAACAGUGCGGAUUUCGACCCGGGCGAUCCACCGUCGACAUGCUGUUCGUCGGGCGCCGCCUCCAGGAGCUGGGGCGGAGAAAGAAAAUACCGCUCUACAUGUGCUUCGUCGACUUGAACAAGGCGUAUGAUUCGGUGGACCGAGAGAUGCUAUGGAAGGUGCUGGCCAGGGCCGGGAUUCCCGCGAAGCUGAUCGAAGUCAUCCGCCGAUUCCACGAUGGAAUGCGGGCCCGGGUGCGCAUGGACGAUAGAGAACUAUCGGACUGGUCAUCGUGACACAGGGCGUGCGACAAGGAUGUGUGCUAUCACCACUGCUGUUCAACAACUCCUUCGCCAAGGUCCUCGAGGUCGUUGUCAUCCGAUUCAGCGAGGAUGAUGUUGUUCUGCGGAGCCUGGUGUGCUUGGAGGAGGGAAAAACGGAAGCCCGGGGGG